AUGUGGAAGCUCUGCAAGGGCCUUUUUAUAAUUUUCCUUGCAUUCUUGGCAAUUCUUUGUUUAUUCUUCGCAUUAUCAAUCGGGUAUAUCAGUGCAGUUGUAUUUCUUUCAACGUGGUUUCCAACUCAUCUGCAAAAGUUUUCACGAACCUGGAACUCAGAGGAUCCUCUAAAUCAUCAAAAUGCAAAUGUGAACAUGUCUCCAUGGGGAUUGCCAUAUGAUGCAGAAUGUGGAAUGGUUCCGAUGGUUUUCCUGGAAAUGGAUUGCUUGGAGCCUGCGAAAAAGUGUCGACAGAAAAUUGAAAAUUUUGAGAAUAAGUAUGAACAAUCAUCAGAUGCAAUCUGGAAUGUCACAUUGAAAGAUCAAGAGUUUCACGAAAUUUCAAAGUAUUGCUUCGAGAGUUGCAUGCGACUAAUGGCUUGUAAAGAAGGAGAUUACCAUUUUGAACUAUUCCAUAAAUAUCCUCAUUCAUUCUUCAGGAAUCACAGCAAUUUUCCUAACUGUAUGGCUCAAUUUUAUAAAAUUGUUCAAGAUAUGAAUAUGUAUAAUUGCACUGGCCAAUUUGAAUUCAUGUCGACUUGUCUUCAUAAUAUUACCAACACCUGUGCUAUCCCGCCAUCGUUUCUCGUGAAAUCUCAAGAAAAUUGUGAAAAAGUUCAUUUCCUAUCUUCGAAUUUCUGGAAUUGUUUGCAACAUCUCAAAUCAAAAAAUACCAUUCCGGAUCUCAUCAAAUAUCCAUGCUUUGUUGAACAUCAGUUUACCGAGGACUCUAUGAUAUGCUUGUUCCAAGAUAACUGA